AUGGCUUCACAACUCCUCUCCGAUAUUGGUUCCUCUCUCAAACAACCACACUCCUUUCUCAAAGAUUUAAAAAGUACAGUCAUUUCUCAUACUCCAUUUGUGAAUAACAACAACAACCAAACAAACAAUGCAAUGGCAUCAUCAUCCAACGAAGACUCUACCAUCACGUAUAACAAUGACAUUCUCACACUCUCUCGUGUCAAUCAAAUUGAUUCCAAACUCAAAUCCGAUGAUGUUCCUUCCACAGAAGAAAUGAAAGAAUUAUUAGAACCAUUUUGUGAUUUUGAUUUUAGUGAUAUUCAUUAUGUCAAUACCAUUCUUGAUAAAACAAAAUAUGAUAAACGUAUUGAAAAGAGAUUAUUGAGAUUUGAUAAGAAUUUUCUCAAUCAAAAAGUAUUUAAAGGAUUUGAUUUAAAUUCACAAAAUUUGAGACAAGAAGUGAUUGAUAGUUUUGAAUUGAAUGAUGAUGAUUUGGAUGAUGAUUUAGAUCCUCAUGCAACUACUACUACAGCUGUAUUGGAAUCACCCAAAGAUUCGAAUCUUACUCAAUUAUUAAAUCCUGCAUUGGCUGGAAAGAAGUUAGUGAAGGGAGCGAUGGAUGCUGGAAAGAGAUUUGCAAAAGAAGUGACUGAAGCAGGACAAGAAGCUGAGGAUUUAAUUACUGGAAAGAAAUUUCAACUCAUGCAACAAGAAAAGAAUAACAAGAUUAUCAAAAAUGUCAAUGAUCACAAUGAUCGAGUGUUGAAAAAACUGAGUGGUGUAGUUUCUCAUAAUCUCAUUACUGAUGUCUAUCAACAUUAUGGAUUCUUUAUUCAAACUUCUAAACAUAUUGAAAAGAUGGAUAAAGAAUUAGUAGAAUUGAGUAAUUUAUGGAAUGAAAUGAAAUUAAACAUUUCCAAUGUAUUGUAUGCAUUGAAUGAAUGGAAUGAUGAUGGAAUUAUGAAUCAUUCACAACAACAACAUGAUAAUAGUAAUACCACCAACACCAACACCACUCGAUCCAAGACAACCACCACCACCACUAGUAGUAGUAAUAAUAGUAAUAGUACUAAUACCACGACAAGAAAUGUCUCCACCACCAAGACUUCAACGAGUAACAACACUAUUGUCACACCAAAUACUACUACUACUACUACUACGAAUAAGGGAAUUGGUUCUACUACAACUACUACUACUACUACAAAUAUAGAUACCACUAGUACUACUACUACUAGUACUAAUAAUGAUGAUGAUGAAUUGAGACAACUCGUUCUCAACAAGAUCAAAGAUUUAACCAAUGAUUUCUAUAAUGCUCUUAAAAUACGUAAUUUUGAAUCAUGUAUUGAAAUUUAUGAUCAUGGACGUAAAAUCGUUGAACAUUAUAUGGUCGAUCCAAUCUUUGUGUCCAAUCAUCAUCGUCGUCGAAAGAAUCAUCCAUUAGAAUCUCAUCACCAUGCAACUCUCUCUCGAUCCACAUCAACAACUUCAACACCUUCAACAACACCUUCCAUUCAUCCAUCAUUCGAUUCUUCUGAUAUUGAAAUGAUUGAAAAAUUCAAUCAUGUUUCUGAAUUAUUUGUUGAAACUCUUUUAAUUGAAUUGAGAAAUUCAAGAAAUACUUCAUACAGUGAAUUACUUGUUAAAUAUAUUAGUAUAAUGAAUUACAAAGAAGAUGCUAUUACUGUCUAUUUAGAUACACAAAGUACAGUGAUUGAUGAAGUAUUAUCACAUUUAUUGAUUGGUGAUCCAAUAGCAUUAUGUGAAGAAUUGAGUGUGAGAUUUUUCAAUGCCAUCUCUACGGUCUGUGAUAAUUACAUGACCAUCUUUGGAAGUGGAUUGAAACGAGAGGUGGCAGUGGGGGCAGUGGGGGCUCAUUCUGGUACUAGUGGUAUGGGUACUAGUAGUAGUAGUAUUAAUAGUAGUAUUAAUAGUAAUAAUGAUCAUAGUACUACUACUACCUACAAGUCCACAAGUCGUUCCAUCAUGGAUGAUGAUCGUACUCUCUCAAAAAAGUCUUCUUCUUCUCAACAACAACAACAACAACAACCUCACAAAUCCUCUCAUACAUCUUCCUCUGGUGGUAAUAAUAUUCUCUCUUCUUCAACUGCGAGUAAUAAUAAUACGACACUUCCACAAGGAACUCAUAACAGUGGUUUUAUUAAUUGGGUCGUCACACAAACCAUUGAAAAAUUUUGUAUGAAAUUCAAAACAAGUAUUGGUUCUGUAUUGAAACAUGAUUUAUGUAAAAUGACUUUGGCAUUGAGUAUUGUAUUGAAGAAUUCAAGAAAGAUGAAUAUUCAAGGUUUAUCUGUACAACACUUGUUGAGUGAAUUCUUUAGACAUGAUUUGGAAAUUGCCAUUCAAAGUUAUGUGGAUCUCAAUAUUGAGAAUUUAUUUGAUUUAUUGAGCAAAGAGAGUUGGAAAGGUUUUGAUUUUGCAGUGAAUGUGGCAUGUCCAAAUUUAGUUCAGAAUGUCAUGAUGGGAUCUAAGAAUAGUCUCACUAGCACUACUACUACCAGUUAUACUACUACUAGUUAUAGUAAUAAUAGUACAACGAGUACAAACACUACGAAAAACAACAACACCACCACGAAUAACAACAACAACAACAGUACCACCACAAAUGGCUCCAAUUCAACCAUUUUCAUUACUCAAAGUGGAAAAUAUCUCUAUUCCUUUGCCAAUGAAUAUUUAGACUAUUUAAAAUCAGUGGCAAAUCUUUCACUCUAUCAAACAGCAGUGAGAAGUGUCAAGGAAAUGUUUGAAGAAUAUAUUCUAGAAAUAUUUAGACUUGCAAAUUCUCAUCUCAAUGAUUCUCAAUUCUGUUGUAUGAUUUGUAAUUUAAAUCAAGUGAGAUAUCAUUUAUUACCUAAAUUGGUUGACAAGUUGAAAUUAUUAUUUGGUAUUGAAAUGGUACAAUUUAGUUUAUUUAUGAAAUCAACAGAAGAUUUGAAUCAAAAGAUUAUUGAAAGAUUUUGUGAGAAUCGAAUUGCCAUGAUUUUUGAUCAAAUCAAAUUACAUACUCCAAAUAUGUAUCCAUCACCCUCUUUGGUACUUGAUAAGAGUAGUAAUAAUAAUAAUAAUAAUAAUAACCAUCAUCAGAAUAGUGAUAAUAAUGAUAAGAGUAGUAAUAAUAACAAUACCAACAAUAAUAACAAUACCAACAAUAAUACCAACCAUACUACUACAAUGGUGAUUGGAAUGCUCACGAGUACAGAUGAAUCCAAAUUACAAGUCUCUCCUCAAUUCAUCAAAUUUGUGAGUUAUGUUAAAAAGUUACAGACUCUCCUCUCACAAUAUCCUCAAUUGAUGGUAGUUCCAGCUGGAGGUCAUAACUCUUCUUCACAACAACAACGAUCGAUGGCAACUAGUAGUAGUAAUAGCAGUACUAGUAAUAGAAACAAAUUGAUCAAUAAUCAUCACGACGACGACGACGACGAUCAUGAUGAGAAUAUCCCUAUGGAUGCUCCUACCUACAUUUCUCAACAAUUAUUUAAACUAUUUUUCAAGUAUAUGGGUGAAAUUCCUUACUUUUGGAAAUUAUUAACACCACAAAAAAAGAAGGAAUCCACAACAGCAACAACUGACUUGUCAGAAUCAUCCUCCCUCACCAUAAUCACUCCUCCCACGAACACUUCCAUCAAGAAACAAAACACCUCUCAACCCACUCUCAAUCUGUUACAACUUAAUGCAAUCAUUUUAGAUUUGGAAUUUGUAAAAACGAUCUGUGGUGAACCUAUCAUGACUGCAGAGAUUAGAACCAUGUAUCAUCAAUUGAAAGAGAGAAUUGUUACUCAAUUUUGUACUCUCAAUGAUUUGAAUUCUAGUUCUGAUGUAUUGAAAUCAGAUACUUUCUUUGCAUUUAUUAUUAAGAAAUUAAUGCAAGAGAAUGAAACUGUGAAAUUGGUUGCCAAGUUCUUUCAAUCCUCCUCCUCUUCGAACAACAACUCGUACUCUGAACAAGUGGAUGAUCAACCCAAAUCCUAUUCAACAACGAGUAGCAGCAAGGGAGGAAGAAGUCUCAAAACUAGUGGUGGUGGUGGUAUGAGUGAUGUACAACAACGAAACCUCAAGAACAAGUAA